AUAACUUUACGUCUGUGGGUGUACAUAUAUAUAUGGGUUUGAUUAUUAUAUAAUGAUAAUUUGGUGUUUGUGUUGAUACCCAUCUUCCAUCUUCGUCCGUUUCUUGGUUCUCUCUGCCACCAAUCUAUCUCUCCUUUCUUCUCCUUCUCCUUUGGAUGGCUCUUUCUGGGGUUCAUGAAGAUAGAGGAAAGUUGAGGAUUUAUGAGAGUUUGGAUGAGCUUGGAACUGAUUUGGCUGACUACGUUGCUGAAUUAUCUGAGGCGUCAGUAAAGGAGCGAGGUGUCUUUGCCAUAGCCUUAUCCGGUGGUACUCUAAUUAGCUUAAUGGGGAAACUCUGUGAGGCCCCUUAUAACAAGACUGUAGAUUGGGCUAAAUGGUAUAUAUUUUGGGUGGAUGAACGUGUGGUGGCGAAAAAUCAUGCUGAUAGCAACUAUAAGCUAGCUAAGGAUGGUCUUCUUUCCAAGGUUCCAAUAGUACCCAGUCAUGUGUAUUCUAUCAAUGAUUCAGUGUCAGCAGAGGAGGCCGCCAAUGAAUAUGAGUUUGUCAUCCGACAGUUGGUGAAAACACGGACUGUCAGUGUGUCUGAUAUCAGUGACUGCCCCAAGUUUGAUCUCAUCCUCCUAGGAAUGGGGCCAGAUGGACAUGUUGCCUCACUAUUUCCUGACCAGUCCGUGCUUGAUGAGAAAGAUGAAUGGGUAACGUUCAUCACCAAUUCCCCUAAGCCACCGCCCGAGAGGAUCACCUUUACUUUGCCUGUCAUUAACUCGGCAUCAAAUGUGGCCGUAGUUGUCACUGGUGAGAGCAAGGCAGAGGCUGUGCACUUGGCGAUAGAUAGUUUGGGACCCGAUGACCCAUUAUUGCCUGCGCGGAUGGUCCAAACAACUAAGGGGAAGUUGGUCUGGUUUCUGGACAAGCCUGCGGCAGAGCAACUCGACGGUUCUCAAUUUUCCAAGUAGGGUCAAGUUCAGGUUUCCUCAGUGUAAGUUUGUAUGUAGUGGAGGAAUUCUACGCUUGUGGAUCCUUUAUCUUCCAUUAGUUAAUGCCGUUCUUUUUUCUUUUUUUUUUCCUUAUUGCUUGCUUUCCAUUUUGGCCUUUCAUCCUCUCCUCCAGGGAGCUGGGGAAGUGCGAUUAUCCUUUCUGUAGAGGUUAAUAAAGAUCAGACCUCAAUGCAGAAUACCUCUGUUUCUGUUCUGUUUCUUCUAGGAGCACCAAAGAACAGAUGGGAGAUUUACGGGAAGCCGUACCUGUCGGAGUAUUGAAAACAAUCCCUUUUGUUCAUAGUGGAUAGUUUUCAUAAUGUUAUUAUGUCACA